UUCCUCUCCGUAGGUGCUCUGACUUGAUGGCCCUCAUUUCCUUCUCCUCCCUCAGUGAGCGCAGAGGUCUCCACCCCACGGGAGGAAGGUUGAGGCCAAGACCCCGAAGGGAUGGACCGCGUGACCAGAUACCCCAUCCUGGGCAUCCCACAGGCACACCGUGGCACCGGCCUGGUGCUGGAUGGAGACACCAGCUACACAUACCAUCUGGUGUGCACGGGCCCCGAGGCCAGCGGCUGGGGCCAGGAUGAGCCGCAGACAGGGCCCACUGACCACAAGGCCCAGCAGGGCGUGCUGAGGCAGGGGGUGUCCUACAGCGUGCAUGCCUACCCGGGCCAGCCGUCCCCACGGGGGCUCCACUCGGAGACCGGGGAGGAUGAGGGUUUGAAGGCUUACCGCCUGGGCGCCAGGGAUGCCCGCCAGCGACGUCCAACAUGGGCACUCCACCCAGAGGACGGGGAGGACGAGGAGAUGAAGACUUACCGCCUGGAUGCUGGGGACGCCAUCCCCAGGAGGCUGUGUGACCUGGAGCGGGAGCGCUGGGCCGUCAUCCAGGGCCAGGCAGUCAGGAAGAGCGGCACCGUGGCCACACUCCAGGGCACUCCUGACCACGGAGACCCCAGGACCCCCAGCCCACCUCGGUCCACGCCCCUGGAGGAGAACGUGGUUGACAGGGAGCAGAUUGACUUCCUGGCAGCGAGACAGCAGUUCCUGAGUCUGGAGCAGGCGAACAAGGAGGUCCCUCGUAGCUCCCCGGCCAGGGGGGCCCCCGCAGGCACAUCCCCAGGGGUCAGCCAGGCCCCCAAGGCCUUCAACAAGCCCCACCUGGCCAACAGGCACGUAGUUCCCAUCAAGCCCCAGGUGAAGGGGGUGGUCAGGGAAGAGAACAAGGUGCGUGCUGUGCCCGCCUGGGCCAGUGUCCAAGUUGCAGAUGACCCUGGCUCGCUGGCCCCAGUGGAGUCCCCAGGGACCCGCAAGGAGACGCCCAUCGAGCGGGAGAUCCGUCUGGCUCAGGAGCGUGAGGCAGACCUGCGAGAGCAGAGGGGAAUUCGGCGGGCAACCAGCCACCAGGAGCUGGUGGAAAUCCCCACCAGGCCACUGCUGACCAAGGUGAGCCUGAUCACAGCCCCCCGGCGGGGGAGAGGGCGCCCGUCCCUCUACGUGCAGCGGGACAUGGUACAGGAGACACAGCGUGAGGAAGACCACCGGCGGGAGGGCCUGCACGUGGGCCGGGCGUCCACACCCGACUGGGCCUCGGAGGAUCCCCAGCCUGGACUCCGGAGAGUUCUCAGCUCCGACUCCGUCCUCCGCCCGACCCCAGAUGCCUGGGCGGCCGAACCAGCUCCAGAAGUGAGGAAGGUGAACCGCAUCCCACCUGAUGCGUACCAGCCGUACCUGAGCCCCGGGACGCCCCAGCUAGAAUUCUCAGCCUUCGGAGCAUUCGGCAAGCCCAGCAGUCUCUCCACAGUGGAGGCCAAGGCUGCGACGUCACCAAAGGCCACGAUGUCCCCGAGGCAUCUCUCAGAAUCCUCUGGAAAACCCCUGAGCGCAAAGCAAGAGCCGUCGAAGCCCCCUCGGGGAUCCCCGCAAGCCAACGGGGGUGUCGUGCGGUGGGAGUACUUCCGCCUGCGUCCUCUGCAGUUCAGGGCUCCAGACGAGCCCCAGCAGGCCCAAGUCUCCCAUGUCUGGGGCUGGGAGGUGGCCGGGGCCCCGGCGCUGAGGCUGCAGAAGUCCCAGUCGUCUGAUCUGCUGGAGAGGGAGGUGGAGAGUGUCCUGCGCCGGGAGCGAGAGGUGGCAGAGGAGCGGAGGAAUGCUCUCUUCCCAGAGGUCUUCUCCCCAACGCCAGAUGAGAACUGUGACCAGGACUCCAGGAGCUCCUCCCAGGCAUCCGGCAUCACGGGCAGUUACUCAGUGUCUGAGUCUCCUUUCUUCAGCCCCAUCCACCUGCACUCAAGCCUGGCGUGGACAGCGGAAGAGCCAGUGGACAGUGCUCCUCCCGGGCAGAGAAAGAAGGAGCAGUGGUAUGCUGGCAUCGACCCCUCAGAUGGUAUCAACUCAGAGGUCCUGGAAGCCAUACGGGUGACCCGUCACAAGAACGCCAUGGCAGAGCGCUGGGAAUCCCACAUCUACGCCAGUGAGGAGGAUGACUGAGCCUCGGGAUGGGGCGCCCACCCCCCGCCCUGCCCUGACCCUCGUGGGAACUGCCAAGACCAUCGCCAAGCCCCCAUCCUAGGAAAUGGGUCCUAGAUCCAGGAUCCAAGAACCACAGCUCACCUGCCAACAAUCCCGCCAUGGGCGCAUUUGGGACUGUUGGGUUUUUCGUUUCCGUUUCUAUCUUCCUUUAGAAAUGUUUCUGCCUUUGGGGUCUAAAGCUUUCGGGGAUGAAAUGGGACCCCUGCUGAUUCUUUCUGCUUCUGAGACUUUGCCAAAUGCUCUGGGUCUAAGAAAGAAGGAGACCCUCUCCUCCACUUUCGGGUAUAAUUUGUUUCCCCUAGUCUAAGGGCAGAGGGACCAGUCAAAGAGGGAGGCACAGAUUGUAGAACCUUGAGGAGCUGCGGGUCUGAGGGAGGAGACACUCAGCUCCUCCCUCUGAGAAGUCCCAAGCUGACAGGGGAGACCUGCCCCUUUCGAACCCUGGAAACCAUCCAGUCUGAGGGAGGAGGCCAAACUCCCAGUGCUGGGGGUCCCUGUGCAGCCCUCAAACCCUUCACCUUGGUGCACCCAGCCACACCUGGUGGGCACAAAGCUCUCACAUCGAUAGGAUCCCAUGAGGAUGGUCCCCUUCACCUGGGAGAAAGAGGGCCCAGUUUAAAGAGCUGGAGGGGGGUCUUUGUCCCACACCCCCAAACUGCCAUGAAAUAAACCCGGAGUGAGCUGACUGCCUUGGCCCCCGCCUGGUGCGGACAAAGCCCCCUGGGCCUCCCCUGUCUGUUUCAUUUUCUUGGCGACAUUAGGUUCCACCCCGCUAGGCCGUGAGCCUGUGGGGCUGUCAGGUUCCCAUAGGGAGUUCCCAGCAUCUGCAUGCAGUAGGUGCUUGGCUGAUGCUUGUUGAGUGACUGACAAUUGAUCAUGGAGAGGCGCCUUUAGCAACACCAGGCCUGGGGCCCAGCCU